AUGUCUCUUAUCUUAGGCUACAUCUGCCAGGAGCACAACAACCCACCUGAUUUCUUUUUGGAUCUCAUAAACGGAGACCCAACGACAUUCGCCCCUAACGGUCUGAGUGCUGACAAAGAAAUAGAAUGUGACUUGGACAGUAAGUCGAUUGCUAUUUCUACUACAUGAAAUAUUGAUAAAUUGUAAUUGCUGUUUAUCGUUGCUCAUUGGGCAAUUAAUCAACCAAAAAACUGAACUACACAUUAUGCGAAACCUCAGCUCACAGUUGUGAGUAGAGAGUAGUGAGUAGAGAGUAGGGAGUAGAUUACCUUUUAAAAUGCCAGAAACGUUUUUGUAAUAUGAACAUUGAACACAAGUUGACAAUUUGCACUGACUUGACCAGUAGAGUUAGCCGUAGCCAGUAGAGUUAGCCGUAGCCAGUAGAGUUAGCCGUAGCCAGUAGAGUUAGCCGUAGCCAGUAGAGUUAGCCGUAGCCAGUAGAGUUAGCCGUAGCCAGUAGAGUUAGCCGUGGCCAGUAGAGUUAGCCGUGGCCAGUAGAGUUAGCCGUGGCCAGUAGAGUUAGCCGUGGCCAGUAGAGUUAGCCGUAGCCAGUACAGUUAGCCGUAGCCAGUAGAGUUAGCCGUAGCCAGUACAGUUAGCCGUAGCCAGUAGAGUUAGCCGUAGCCAGUAGAGUUAGCCGUAGCCAGUAGAGUUAGCCGUAGCCAGUAGAGUGCACGACUGCCAAAGAAAUGUAUCAAAUUAGAAAAGAUCGAGUAAAUUUAAUAUCCAGGCAGAGAUAACUUAGAAACACAACGUUAAGAACGAUAACUCACCCAAAAAUAGCAUUCCAAAGAACGCCUCGCAGACAGAGAGUUCUCUCCCCGUAACCACAAAUGAUGGGUUAUUUUUGGACAGCCAUCGCACCAAAACGAUUUUAAUUUUUUUUAAAAUUUAAUUGUCUUGUAUUUUAAUUGUCUUAGUUAUACAUUUACAUUUUUUUAAAAAGUAUUUUGUAUUUUAAUUUGAAAACAACUGUCACCUUAUUUUUAAUUUUUAUUUCUAGAUGUCAGUUACCGUUGGUUCACUCUGUGAGUUUUCACUUAUGCAAGAGUAGAAAAUAAUUUUUGAAAAAUCUUGGGGCGGGAUUUAUUGAUUAAUAUUUGGUGCUUAAGGUUUAGAAUUUUUGUUUAGAAUUGGGGGGGGGGGCCUACCUUUCUGAUUUUUAAAUAAAAUUUGUCACAUAUCUCCAGUGUGCAAGGUGACCAGUAGUUAUGGUGUUAUUGUGCAUGCAUAUCACGUUAAAGUGUAACCAUCUCACUCAAAUAUUUUAAACAGUUCAAUUCAAUUCAGUUCGUAACUUGAUGAAAACAUAUUUAGUAGAAACAGAAAUCUUUUAUUUCUAAUUGUGUAACAGCUCCUCAAAGUCAACAUGAAAAGUUGGUGGAAGGAUUCAAAACUUCAGCUUGGAACAAAAGGUGAGAUCUACUCGUACUUUCUAUUUAUUUUUAAACUAGCUUCCCAGUAAAAUAUAUUUGUUUUCAUUAUAUAUUAUUAUAAACUGAAAACCAGAGGCUCUCAAAACAUUUUUGAGACACAGGACAUGCUGCAUCCAGGUUUUCUCUAGACGCCCUACGUGAACUGUGAGCCGUUAAUUUUUUAAUGCUUUUAUUUCCCACUUCAUUACGUCUUUGUGUUGUUGUUUGUCAUUCGCAUUCGAAGAGGGCAAAGGUUAUAUUCAACAGUGUGUACACAGUUGGCUUGUGAAGAUGGCCAUUGCUGUAUUCAACAGUGAGUUUGCAGGUGGCCUCACACACUUUUUCUGUGCCUGGAAAGAUUGCCCGUAUGUAGAACAUACGUGUCCUGGGGGUCAUAGAGGCGAUCCUAGGUUCCUUUGCUGUCAGCUUUCUUUGGCCGUGAGUCGUAAGUGUGUAGUGUGCAACAGUGCCUUUUCCUGGCCAGCUUGUUUUCUGACAGUGAGUCUGCCUCGUCGCCUUGUGCCAUUCAAAACAUGUCUCCUGUGUCACGGUCAGAUCGCGUGAGGUUUUCUGGGUCUGCUUUUAUGAUGUUCACUGGCCAAGCGUUGGUGUUUUUUUUUCCCCGUGUGCCCCCACGAGUUUUGUCUCGGUCAUGUAUGACCGUUGUGGUGUGUCGGGAGGAACCACGUGACGAUGGGAGUGUGUGCAAAAGGAGGCUAGUUUUUUAGAGUGAACAGUGGCGAGUGCUGUGGAUAAGGUGUAUGAUUUUCGUUGUGGGGAGAGUGGCAUUUUCUAUGGAUGGGAGAGGAUUUUAGAUUUUUAAAAAUUAAUUGUUUUUUUUGUGUGCAUGUUUUUUGUCGUUAAGACUUCAAGAAGAAGCAGACGACAUAAUGAGGACAUUUGAAGCUUAUGGAGGCCUGAAGGGGAAACAACAUAAAGCUGUUGAUUAUAUUACAUCAUUUGGACACCAAGUG